GCCAAAACCUUCAAUUUCAUUUCGAUAAAUUCCACAAUAGCGGUUUGCACUUCUCUCUCUCUCUCUCUCUCUCUCGCCCGCGCAAGUCUCAACCCUAUUUGUCUACACAGAAAUGCGAUGUAUCCCGGUGGCAGAAAAAGGAGAGCCGAGACCCAGAUAAUCAACCAAGAAAACGAUACAGACGAAACCCAAGAAGAAGAUGAAACAGAAGAAGAUCCUCAAAUGAUCGAUACAGUACCAGAUCUCCCGACCCACGUCGUCUUCGACAUCCUUUCACGACUCCCAAUCAAGACCCUUUUCAAUUGCCGCCGUGUUUGUAAGGGCUGGCUCUCUCUCAUCUCCGACCCUCGUUUCGCCAAACUCCAUCUCUCUAGAUCACAGGUAUGCCUCUUGGUCAAACCCAUCACCGAACGCUACCAGUCAAGGAAACUCAACUUGGUCGAUCUCCGGAUCGCGACCUAUGCUCGCCCUGGCGAGUAUAGGAUCAAACUAGUCCCCAAAAUCAACCUCCCCAAAAUUGCUUUUAACAUUGUAAAUUCCUGUAAUGGGUUUCUAUGUUUGUCUGAGCCCGCAACCGAUGACCCCAUUUAUGUUUGCAAUCCAAUUUUGGGGGAGUACAUUACCCUUCCAAAAUGCUCUAGCGGCAAAACUGUUUCCAGCUGUGCUUUUGGUUUUAGCCCUGUGACUGAUCAAUACAAGGUAGUUCGGUCCUUCCGCAUUGGAGACUAUCAUGAGGUGGAGAUAUAUACAUUGGGUGAAGGGUUUUGGAGAAACAUAGGAAACGACCCUUAUGGAGUGAAACCUAGGUUUGAUUACUCGUUUGAUACAUUCGUUAGUGGAUCUCUUCAUUGGUUUGCUUUCCACUAUCGUAAUCCAGACUUAAUUAAUUGUUUUGACUUUACAAGUGAGCAAUUUCGAGCAGUUCCUGGACCUUCGGGGUUUUGUGAGAGUCAGAAGGAAUAUAUGGGCCUUGGAGUGCUACAAGGUUGCCUCUCUAUAUGUGAUUUUUCAGACGGUGAUCAUGUUGAUAUAUGGUUGAUGAAGGAUUAUGGAGUGAAGCAGUCGUGGAGCAAGGACUUUUACAUUGUUUAUAUGAUUAAUGAAACUAAAAUCUACGACUAUUAUGAGCCGAUUAUGGUUUUGGAGAGUGGAUUGAUCUUGAUGUUAGUUAAUGAGGAUUCUCUUUUGGUUUAUGAUCCUGUGUUGGAACACUAUGAGGAUGUUCUCAUAUAUGGGAUAGCAUCCAUGUUCCGUGGAACUGCUCAUGUUCCUAGCUUGGUUUCACUCAGGGAUAUCGCAAGAGGAGAAAACCUAAAGAUGUGCAGAGCCUGAGGCCUCAGCAACUUUUUGGGAGGAAGAACGAAUAAACAGAUCCAUUUCAACGAUAAGUCAGAAAGAGAGUGCAUUUUGGGUAUAGUGGAGCAGGGACUUCUUGAAAUGUUCAACCAACCAAGACUGCAUUUGGCUGUUUCAAGCACAUUAGCAAGUUAGAAUCCGGUAAAUUUGCUGUUUAUUUUUUUAUUUUUGUUCAACCCCAUGUAACAACCUGUGGCAAAUACAACCUGUGGCA